AUGGCAUUUUUUGCCAAAGAAAAGAAAAUGAUUAUCUAUGGAUUUUCCUGAUGGAGAAUUUGUAGGAGAGUGUGCAGGAGUGUGGAGCUUUGGUGCAAAAACAUUCCACUCAGUGUUGGAGCCAUGCAUGAAGAUGGAGUCGAUUCCAAGAAUAACCUGAUGAAGCUGAAGAUCGUGGUGACAACAAAACAAAAAUGGGAUUUGUCAGAAAAUACCAUUUUUUGAACAGAAAUGUUUGAAUUAUUUAUUUUAUCAGAAAAAUUUUAUUCAGAUCAGAUUGAAAAUUAG